AUGGCAUUUUCACUCCAUCCCGUUAUUGACAACGGAAUCACCAAGGGUGCCGCCGACUUCACUGGGGGUACUCUUUACUGCCACUGUCCCUCGGACAAAGUGACCGUCACCCUGAAAAGCAAUGUUCUUCAUAACCAUGCUUGCGGCUGCUCUAAAUGCUGGAAGCCAAAGGGAGCACUCUUCGCUAUUAUUGGCGUUGUACCUCGUGACUCUGUAUUGGUGACUGCCAACGGAUCCAAGCUCCAUGUUUUGGAUCCAGAGGCGACAAUCCAACGCAAUGCCUGUAAGGACUGCGGCGUUCACCUGUUUGGUCGGAUCGAGAAAGACCACGCUUUCAAAGGCUUGGACUUUGUGCACGUGGAGCUGUCCGAUGUGAAGGGUUGGCAGGAGCCACAAUUCGCGGCAUUUGUGUCUUCGAUCAUCGAGCAAGGAUUUGAUUCCAAGGAUAUUGAUCAAGUGCGUGGAAAGUUCAAGUCUCUCGGACUGGAGACCUAUGAUGUGCUUUCCCCCGCGCUUAUGGAUCUGCUGGCGGCUUUCACAGCAAAGCAAGCAGGUCUACUCUAA